AUGUCAAACUUGAGGAGGGUAUUGGAGAGGCAACAGAAAGAAAGGAAAGAAAUCUGGCGUAGACGUGCUGAAGAAGAUUGGGACGCUUAUGAAGAAGAGGAACAAAUGCUUGUAGCAGCGGUGUGUAUGCUUAAUCAAUCAAGGCAACACCGUCGUCGUCAUGCCCCGAAUGUGGACAGAUGUAGGGAGUCUCGGGGUAAGAAUCUCUUGGAGGAUUACUUUAUCCCAAAUUCGUCAUAUCCUGUUUCUAAGUUUCGAGAGAGAUAUAGAAUGUAG